CUCUCUCCCUCCGUCCCCCCCCCCCCCCGUGAUGUCACUUCCUUGGUGAGCUCUCCUUGGACCACAGAGCCCUCGUGUGCUUCCUUAAAGCUUUUACACCUGUGGUGUGGGUGUGUUUGCCAAUUUGUUGUUUCUCUCCCACACGCACUAGAAUGUGAGCUCCACUGAGCCCAGGAGCUGGCCUGUCCCAGGUAUACCCCAGGGCCUGGCAUUAGAUCAGGCGGAGGGGAGCCGCAGGGGAUUUUUACAGGGCCUGGCGGUUGGAACCCUGCGCGUGUGUGGGGAGUGAGGCUGGCGGAGCUGGGAGCAGGCAGCAGCUGUUCGCACCUUCUACGUUUUGGCAGGAGUCAACUGCUGAGGGCCGGUACCGGCCUGUCUCCCCCACCCCACCCCCACCCCCACACAGUGAGUCCUUCACAAGCCCCUGGUCUUCCAGCUUCUCUCCUGCCUGCGGCCAGUGUCCAGAUGCUUGGGCUUGGUCUCCCCUCCCUCCGCCCCGAGCAUCCCCGCAGCUGGGGGCUCCCUGGCUGUGGGUCUUCCCUUCCUGCCUUCAUGCUGUCCACCCGCCGGGACUCAGGGCCAGCGCGGCAAGCAAAUGCCUGGACGUCCAUCCCUGCUGGGUUGGUUCACAGAAGCUAUUUCCAGCUAUUUGCUUUUCCUAACAAGAAGGAGACUGACGCCUAAAUUUCUUUGGGGGGGAUGUAAGAACGGGGCUGAAAAAGACUUCGGAGGAACAGCAGGAAGAAUUCCAUGUUAAGUUUGGGGAAAUUUUGUAACAGCCGCUCCUCAGGCCCUAGGGUUUGGGAACAUUUUGGUGGUAGGCAGUUUAGAGGGGCCCUUGAGACAGUCCAAAAAAGGAGAGUCUGUUUUCAGCCAGCUCCCCAGCAACCGGUGGCCGUCCAGAAGGAACACCGCGAGGGAAGAGGUGCCACUGAGGAUGCUUUGGGUGCAGCUCUUCGGUGGACUAGGGGCUGUUGCCGCCGGGAGGGCUCGGGGACGGCGAGAUCGCUGCGGGGCUGGGGGCGCCCGUCCCGCCCGGGUCAGCCGGGCCCUCCCCGCGCCACGGAGGCGCAGGUCCUCCGGAGCCCAGAGCGUCCCGGAAGUGCACGCGCGAGGCCGGGGCGGGGCGAGGGCGCACUUCCGGCCGGCGCGCGGGCGGCCGCCUCCCGCUCGGAAGGUCCCAGGUGUGCAUGCCUUCAGCAGGCCUUGGGGAAGAUGGCGACCCUGGGGGACGGUCAGGAGCCCCCUCGUGUCCCGUCCCCUGUCAAUCUUGCGUCACCAGGGACGCCUGGAACCCACCGCCUCGAGGCCCGGCUUCACCUCCACGGUCAUCGACACGACUCCCCUGGCUGCAGCCCUGAGGUGCUCUCCCAGCCACCGCAGGAGGAGGAGGAGCGGUCCCACCUGGAUCUCCGAGAUGUGGAGGAGGUCCGGAUCGGCCGAGGUACCUGCUGGCCGGGUGGAUUCCGAGGCGGAGCCGGAGCCGGCUCCCUCCUCUCCCCACCCCCGCGACCCUGAAGAGGAGGUGCACCAGGACAGGGGGCCCCUGAGGACCCUUCUCAGGAGCCUUCCCCGUAGACCCAAGUGUGGGGACAGCUUUGGGCAGGAGUCCAGCUCGGAGCGGCCCACGGGCCAGCCGCAGGGGACCGGGCCCUGCCCCCAGAAGAGGGGCACCUGGCGCGUGACGCCGCCGCCGCAGGGAGCCUCCGGGACCGAGGGGGACCCCGAGCGGGCCGCCGAGCCGGAGGGCGGCUUCGGCAGGGGCCCGGGCCCCGGGGUCCGGCAGGGCGGCCCGCGGGCCGGGAAGCCGCACAGGUGCGAGGCCUGCGGCAAGAGCUUCAAGUACAAGUCGCUGCUGCUCAAGCACCAGCGCAUCCACACGGGCGAGAAGCCGUACGCCUGCCACGAGUGCGGCAAGCGCUUCCGCGGCUGGUCGGGCUUCAUCCAGCACCACCGCAUCCACACGGGCGAGAAGCCGUACGAGUGCGGCCAGUGCGGCCGCGCCUUCAGCCACAGCUCGCACUUCACGCAGCACCUGCGCGUCCACAACGGCGAGAAGCCCUACGAGUGCGGCGAGUGCGGCCAGGCCUUCAGCCAGAGCUCCAACCUGGUGCGGCACCAGCGGCUGCACACGGGCGAGAAGCCGUACGCCUGCAGCCAGUGCGGCAAGGCCUUCAUCUGGAGCUCCGUGCUCAUCGAGCACCAGCGCAUCCACACGGGCGAGAAGCCGUACGAGUGCCCCGACUGCGGCAAGGCCUUCCGCGGCCGCUCGCACUUCUUUCGGCACCUGCGGACCCACACGGGCGAGAAGCCCUUUGCCUGCGGCGCCUGCGGCAAGGCCUUCGGCCAGAGCUCGCAGCUCAUCCAGCACCAGCGGGUGCACUACCGGGAGUAGCGCGCGGCAGGCGGCCUGCGGCCCCGGGUGGGGGUGGGGGGCGGCGGGUCGGCCCCCGAUGGAGGGGGAGGCUCCGGAGAGAGGGCCCCCGCCUCCUGCCCCCGUCCUGCUCGGCGCCGGCAGCCCCGCGGGCCGAGUGGCCCGAAUAAAUUCUUUUUGAUUGACGGAA